AUGCCGGCAGCUGUGGCGGAUACUCCUUCCAUUUCUUUAUCAUUUGCGAAUAACUUCUGGGGCAAAGAUGACGCUGGCGUCCUGCCUAUGCUCGAACGCAUGCACAAUGCAAAGUCAACAUGCGACGAACUACGGUCAUUCUAUAGCAGUGAGUUGCUGAACUUCAAGAAGAAAGGGGAGACAGAAGUAAUCGGCAAGACACACUCCGCAAUUGCAUCUCAGAUGAAGACCGAACUGGAAGAACCACUUGCCGCAUUUGCGGGUGGAAUGAAGGAGAGGCGGAAGAUUGUGCAGAAUGGCAUCGAGAAGCUCUUAAAGAUUAAGAUGCAGCAGACUCAUGCUGUGAAUAAGGAUUGCCUUAGGAUUAAAGGAUACCUCGCUCAAGGCCAUAUGGUCAUGGGGCAGGAGGAGCGCAAGAACAAGGCGAAGCUUGAGAAGACCCAGAUACAGCUGGCUUCAAAUAGUAGCGAAUAUGAAGCGGCGAUCAAGGUACUGGAAGAGACUACCGGCCGAUGGAAUAAAGAGUGGAAAGCAGCAUGUGAUAAAUUCCAAGAUCUCGAGGAAGAAAGACUGGACUUUUCGAAAAGCAGUUUGUGGAAUUAUGCCAACAUAGCAUCAACUGCAUGCGUUAGUGACGAUGCAUCUUAUGAGAAAAUUCGAGUCUCACUAGAAGACUGUGAGGUCGAGAAAGACAUUGCUUCUUUUAUAAAGGAGAAGUCCACUGGACAGGAGAUUCCUGAUGCCCCCAAGUAUAUCAACUUUUGCCGAGGCGACUUAAACGACACAGCUUCUGAGGCCUCGGAGGAGGAAAACUACUCCGUUGCGCAAUUCCAGCGCACUAUCAACCCAGCAUAUAGAAGCUCCUCGCCCCAGCCUUCUACGUACGAAUCACACCAUGACCCCGACUCGGAGCUUGCUCACCACAUAAUUCCAUCUUCUCAUCCUGCUCAGUCAAGUCGCGAAAACACAAUGACACCCCAAAAGAAGCCCUCUGCUCCGCCUCUAGCUUCUGGAUCCCCUGCGUCAGACCCACGAAGGAAGCAGCAUGUCCCUCCUAAUUACCAGCCAAGCCAGCAUGGUGAAAUACCAGCUAGUAUUCCCCAUAACGAGUAUCCGGCUGAUGGAAUGACGAUGUUCUGCCGCCCCGGGCCACCAUCAGAAAGGAACACUGCUACUCCGUCAAUUAGAGAUUCUCAAAGUGAUCUCUCUAACCCCACAUCUUUCUCGAGUAUGGAGCCGCCGAGUGGUCAUCAAUCUCCAAUUAAGUACACUCCUGUUGGUACGCCGCCUGCUUCAGCUCCCGUAACAGCUCCUGGACCCGCUCCAGCCAAGGCCCCUGCCCCAGCUCCCGCUCCAGCACCAGCCCCGGCCCCGGCCCCUACUCAGACCCAACAACCCAAUACAGCGACAUCGACCAAAGAGGUCCAGAAAAAACGAAGUGGUUUCUUUAGCAACAGUCCAUUCCGCAGAAAGAGCAAACAUGAAAAGGAUCGUCGGGCACAGUCUGUUGCUCCUGCACCAACACAGAAUCGCAGAACGUGGGCUGCACCGCCUAAACAGACAAGAGCUCUCUUGGGAACUCAGUCUGACUUGGGUCCAAACCAUCGGGCCCCCAGCCCGGAGCCUGUUGACCCCCGAGCAAAUUUCCAACUGAACGUUGGAAACAACGUGUUUGACGUUGCCUCCCCUGACGCCGCUAAGACUGGCAAGGCCAAACCUGCAAAUGGAGAUGUUGACCCAAUUGCUCAGGCCCUCGCUGACCUGAAGGGUGUUGGAAAGCAGGCAUCCAUUCGUGUAUCUGCAGAUAGAUACGCAGGACUUGCAAGCCCGGCUCCCCCAGCGUCUACAUCUACGCCUGCCCCCGCCCCAGCUCAAGCACAAGCUUCCGCUCCCGCUCCCGCGCCAGCUGCAGCGCCAGCUUCUGCCCCAGCAUCUAAUAGGCCCUCCACUUCUCAUCGUGAAGGCCCUCCUCCGUCGUACAAGGAUACGCCCGUUAAGCGCCUAGAUGCGCCAUCACCCGCUUUCACGGCUGCGCAAAUGCACAAAACUACUCGCAAAUAUGUUGGUCAGACUCAAAGUCUCUUCAGCAAACCAAUUCGUACUCGGGAAAGAGCCAAUACUGUUGACCAGGUUAUCCCAAGGGCUACAUCCCCUAUUCCUAAGAGGUCCCCGAGCCCUCAACCACAGCAGAAUACCACUACACGCCCAGGCUCUCAACUCGGCAAUGCCUCUCAGCCAAGAACACCUGCCUAUAAGUCUGAGAGCAUGAAUAGUAGGUAUAGACAUUCGCACUCACAAUCUGCCACCCCUACCAAGAUUGUCCGAGAGCCCUCUCGUUCUCCUCAAUACUCCCGUCAAGCAUCUCCGAACGAUGUGAGGCCAGAGGCACGCAAUGAGUCUAGAACAGAGACUAGAAAUACUCUCCGAACUGAAGUCCGCAAUGAACCACCACGUAAUGAAGCAAGGCAGGAGACACGGGCUGAGCCACCAAGAAAUGAGGUUAGGAAUGAAGUACGAACCAAACCGCCCCGACAAGAAGUGAGACAAGAUGCACGAACUGAACCACCGAAACAGGAUGUUAGACAGGAGGUAAGAAAUGAACCACCACGAAACGAGGGGAGACCCAGUACAUGCAAUGGAGUCCGAAAUGAUCCACCCCCAAAUAAUGUUAGACGGUCUGCCUCUCCUCAGCCCCAGUUCAGACGACCAGAACGGCCCGCAAGUGCAAGUGGAAUGGAGCUCCAACUGUCGACCGAUGAUGUAAACCAGCAUAUGGGAGGCCACAACGACGGUUAUCCGCCUUAUCAAGGUGAGUACCAAGGAGGAUACCAAGGAGGAUAUCAAGGAGGAUAUCAGGGAGGGUAUCAGGGCGGAAAUGCCUAUGGCCAUCAUCAGCAACAAUGCCCUCAUUCCAUGUACUAUGGCGCCACUCCCGACUACAGCCAUGGGGCCCAGGAUCAACAUUCAGGAACCAGGAGUGUGAUAAUGGCGGAAGCUCCAACAAUCAGCCGUGAUGGCAGGCCAAUUCUUCAUUUUGCUCGUGCAAUGUAUUCUUAUACUGCAGCCAUCCCUGAAGAACUCGGGUUUGCCAAAGGAGAUAUCCUCGCCGUGCUAAGGCAUCAAGACGAUGGAUGGUGGGAGGCUGAAAUCACCAACCAGCCAACCCGUCCAGGUCUAGUACCCAGCAAUUACCUUCAACCUUGCUAA